AUGACCAUGGAUAUUUUCCAGGGGGCGGGAAAGUGUUGGUAUCUGAAGCAGGUGUUCAACAUUUUUGUAAAAACCAGCAAAGUCUUGUCUGAAAAGUGUCGGAGAGCCGUGUUGGGUAUACCGUCUGGAUCGAGUGCUUUGUUCCGUGGUAGACGCUUGAUAAUGAGCUUCACUUCUCCUGGCGAUACUGGUUGGAUUCGGGACUUAGCUACCGAAUGUAGAGUUUGUAUUGAGCCAGUGACCAGCUCGUUUGUGGAUGGAGUUCCUUCAGAACAUAUAUGA